CUCCUUCUCCCGGGCCUCAGUUUCCCCGAGCGGUUCCUGCGCAUCCCGGCCCGCCCCUCCCCUGCAGGCGCCGGGCACCGGGUCCCGCCAGGGCUCAGACUGCGCCUCCCCUCCUCCAGCGCGGCUUUGUCCCCUCCAGCCGCGGCCUCUGGCGCCCGCAGCACCAUGAUCUCGACCAAGGAGAAGAAUAAAACCCCGAAGGACAGCAUGACGCUUCUGCCUUGCUUCUACUUCGUGGAGCUGCCCAUAGUGGCGUCCUCCAUCGUGUCCCUCUACUUCUUGGAGCUGACCGACCUCUUCAAGCCGGCCAAGGUGGGUUUCCAGUGCUACGACCGCACACUUUCCAUGCCCUACGUGGAGACCAGCGAGGAGCUCAUCCCCCUGCUCAUGCUGCUCAGCUUGGCCUUUGCUGCGCCUGCAGCCUCGAUCAUGGUCGGCGAGGGCACGCUGUACUGCCUGCAGUCCCGGCUGUGGGGCCGCAGUGGGGGCCCCGGUGGGGCUGAGGGCAGCAUCCACGCCGGCGGCUGCAACUUUAACUCCUUCCUUCGGAGGACAGUGCGGUUCGUGGGCGUCCACGUGUUCGGCCUGUGUGCUACAGCCCUGGUGACCGACGUCAUCCAGCUGGCCACAGGCUACCACGCGCCCUUCUUCCUGACGGUCUGCAAGCCCAACUACACCCUGCUGGGCACGUCGUGUGAGGCCAGCCCCUACAUCACGCAAGACAUCUGCUCCGGCCACGACACCCACGCCAUCCUGUCUGCACGGAAGACCUUCCCAUCCCAGCACGCCACCCUGUCCGCCUUUGCUGCCGUCUACGUGUCGAUGUACUUCAACUCUGUCAUCUCGGACACCACCAAGCUGCUGAAGCCCAUCCUGGUGUUCUCCUUUGCCAUCGCGGCGGGCGUCUGCGGCCUCACCCAGAUCACGCAGUACCGCAGCCACCCCGUGGACGUCUACGCUGGCUUCCUCAUCGGUGCCGGCAUCGCUGCCUACCUGGCCUGCCACGCGGUGGGCAACUUCCAGGCCCCGCCUGCAGAGAAAUCUGUGGCCCCAGCGCCUGCCAAGGACGCGCUGCGGGCGCUGACCCAGCGGGGCCACGACUCGGUGUACCAGCAGAACAAGUCCGUGAGCACGGAUGAGCUGGGCCCACCUGGGCGGCUGGAGGGCGUGCCCCGACCCGUGGCCCGCGACAAGACCUCACUGGGCAGCCUGAAGCGGGCCAGUGUGGACGUGGACCUGCUGGCCCCUCGCAGUCCCAUGGGUAAGGAGAACAUGGUGACCUUCAGCCACACGCUGCCCCGCGUCAGCACACCCUCGCUGGACGACCCCGCCCGCCGCCACAUGACCAUCCACGUGCCCCUCGAUGCCUCACGCUCCAAGCAGCUCAUCAGCGAGUGGAAGCAGAAGUCGCUGGAGGGCCGUGGCCUGGGGCUGCCGGAUGAGGGGCACCUGCACGCGCCCGCGGAGCCCAUGGCAGAGGAGGAAGAGGAAGAGGAGGAGGAAGAGGAAGAGGAGGAGGAGGAGGAGGAGGAGGAAGGGGAGGAAGGAGGUCCGGCCCCGCCUUCACUCUACCCCACUGUCCAGGCCCGUCCAGGGCUCGGGCCGCGGGUCAUUCUCCCGCCGAGGGCCGGGCCACAGCCACUGGUGCACAUCCCUGAGGAGGGGGCCCAGGCGGUGGCUGGCCUAUCCCCUAAGAGCAGCGCGGCCGUGAGGGCCAAGUGGCUCAUGAUGGCUGAGAAGAGUGGGUCCACUGUGGCCACGGCCUCUGCCCAGCCCCGUGUAGCCAACCCGCCCCGGCUGCUGCAGGUCAUUGCCAUGUCCAAGGCACCAGGUGGGCCUGGCCCCAAGGCAGCCGAGACAGCCUCGUCCUCUAGCGCCAGUUCCGACUCCUCACAGUACAGGUCACCGUCAGACCGCGACUCAGCCAGCAUCGUCACCAUCGACGCGCACGCACCUCACCACCCCGUGGUCCACCUGUCCGCGGGUAAUGGGCCCUGGGAGUGGAAGGCAGCUGGUGGUGGGGCCAAGGGGCCGGAGGGCCAAGGCGGCUAUGAGCUGGGGGACCUGGCUCACGGCUUCCGCGGGGGGCCCAAGCCACCAGGUGUGUCCCCAGGCUCGUCUGUCAGUGACGUGGACCAGGAGGAGCCACGGUUUGGGGCCGUGGCCACUGUCAACCUGGCCACAGGUGAGGGGCUGCCCACCCUGGGAACAGCCGACGGGGCUCUGGGGCCGGCCAGCCGGGAGUCCACGCUGCGGCGCAAAGCAGGCGGUCUGGUGCUGGGCGAGCGGGAGGCCUCGGCUGGGGCGGAGGCGGAAGCCUACUACCGCAAGAUGCAGGCGGCCCGCAGGUUCAAGGACUGAGGGCUGGGCGCAGGGUGGGCGGG